AUGCAAGUGAAUACGCAAAUACUGGUGCUCGUUCUACUCAGCUUGAGUACAUUCCAAUCAGGCAGUGUUUGUGCAGACAAAGACGUCGUUGUCUACACGAUCGGACCAACUGUGAGCUGGCAAAGGCGAUGUGAGACCACACCAUCCGUUGUGGUGCCACGACAACCGAAUGUGAUGUUUGAAGCGACCGGGCAAAUCAAACAAUGGUUGCUUGACAAUUUGAUCCGAUCCGUUUGUACUGUGUCAAACAAUCUGUUUGCCGUGUAUGUCAGUUCGGCUAGCUCAUCGCAGAGCUACUCGGCUCAGGUGGUCCGUAUCGAUCCGCGUCAGUUCACCCGAUGGAACACAACUUUAUUGAAUCCGUUCGGUGUGCCCAAGCUCCCGACUCAAACGCUCUAUUUGUUAUUCAGCAACCAACAACUGCCCGUAGUCAGAGAUUCUGACAAAUUGAAUCUAGGUACAAUGCCUGAGCUCACUCUGUUCAUCCCGUUGGUCGAUCUGAGGGCGACACUGGACACCGCGUACCAACAAUGCGUGAAUUCGAUUGGAAAACCUGGGUUCAUUGAGCCUCGGUGCGCAUGUUGUUCGCGUUUGGAUUCGUUGAAUAUUCUGGUUCGUUUGACAACUCCGCCGAGUGUCACCAGUACCUGA